AUAUUAUUGAAAAGUUGUAAAUGAACAUUAACGAAAAACUAAAUUUUACAAAAAGAAAAUGAAGUUGUUUUUAAUACUCUGUUUUAUUACUUAUUUUCAACAAUUAAAAACAAAUGAAAAUAAUGUAAACGUUAAAAUUCAGCAAGGGGAUCUGGAAGGAAAAAUAGACAAAACGCUAUUUAAAAACCUAAGCUACUAUUCAUUUAAAGGUAUACCUUACGCGUUGCCACCAACAGGAGAAUUAAGAUUUAAGGCACCGGUAAGACAUGACAAAUGGGUUGGAGUCUAUGAAGCUUUCACCGAGAAACCAACUUGCUUACAAUUUAGUUCUCGACAAAGAAAUGGAGAAUCCUUUGGCAUAUCAGGAUCGGAAGACUGUCUCUACCUCAGCGUUUUUACUCCUAACCUUGAAGGGUCUGCUCCUGUAGUAGUAUUCGAUUACAAUGAUAAUUUCAAAACUGGAUUUAAUGGAACAAAGACAUAUUCCCCAGACUUUUUCCUAGAGGAAGAUGUGAUAGUUGUAACAAUUAAUCAUCGUCUUGGAUUAUUUGGAUAUUUAACAACAGAUGACGAUGUUAUUCCUGGUAAUAAUGGCUUACGAGAUUUUAUUAUGGGACUAAAUUGGAUCCAGGAUAAUAUAAAACAAUUUGGAGGUGAUCCGAAUAGAGUAACACUAAUGGGCAACAGAGGCGGAGCUGUAUUAAUUGAUACGCUUUUGUAUUCCGCCAAAGCAAAAAAUCUGUUCAGCGCUGCAAUAUUACAAAGCGGGACAUCCAUUGAACCCUUUUUGUUUUAUGACAAACCAAGAGAAGCAGCUUUUGAACUGGGUGAGUUAUGUGACAUAAAUGCAACAGACAGUUACACUUUAUUGGAAGAAUUACAGAAAAUUGAUGCUGAAAUUUUAAUCACAAAGGAUGUCAGCGUUACGGAUACAACCUUCGACUUGGCUCAACUGGUUAUUCAACCUUUUAGUCCGAUUGUGGAGAAGAACAAUCCAGAUGCUGUCUUAACAUCUUUACCGGAGAAUGGAUUAGUCGUUAAUGAUGUCCCCAUAAUAAUAGGAAUGAACUCCAGAGAAGGUCUAGAUUUAGCAUCGCCCUAUAUAUUUGAACCGCGAUUACUUACAGAAUAUAGUCAAGAUUUCUUCGUACAUCUUCCAAAAAGGACCGGAUUUCAAUUCAAUCGAAACAGUUCUAUAUUUCAAGAAGCUGUAAAAGAGAUACAAAACUUUUACUUCGAAGAAGGUUAUUUACAUUAUAACAACAUCCUUGAGUAUGCAGUAUAUGUUGGAGACGUCCUUCAAAAUUAUGCUUUGAAUCUUGCAGCAGAAAAAUUAAGUAAAGAUCUCAAGUCAUCGGUUUAUUACUACGUUUUCGAUUUCCGAGGAUCGUUAAACGAAAACAUUGAAUACAUGUACCGACGUAUUAGAUUUCCAAUAGAAAAUUGGGGAGCCACAAUAACAGACGAGUUGUGCUAUUUGCAUCUUUGCACCAGAAUUAAAAACAACUACAUGAAACUCCGUAAGUUGCUAAGUGAGCAACCCGAAAUGAAAGUAUUGAAGAAUAUGGUGCGCUUGUGGACAAAUUUUGCGAAAUAUCGAAAUCCAACACCCGAUGCCAGUGAUGAAUUACUUAAGGAUUUCAUAUGGCAGCCACUUAGUAAAGAGAAGAACAACUAUCUUCAUAUCAACAAAAAACUUCGCAUGAAGGAAAAUCCUAUGGGUGAACGUGUUAAAUUUUGGGAUGAUUUUAUUGCUAAGUAUUCCGCAAUGGCUGAAGAUGGUGUUGUAAAAGAUAAGAAUCACGAUGAAUUAUAA